UCGUCCUUUAGGACAACCACUUGGGAUCCUCUUCUAAUUAUUGCACAGAUCAUCUCCCUACAGUCUCUCUCAUAUCUCCUCGUCAGUCUCGCUCUCAUAAUCGCUCUUGCCCUCACAGGUUCCGAAAUCACACUUGAUGCCAUCCUCAGCGACCAAGAAAUCCGAAUGGAUGCAGUAUCCGGCUGGACCCUGGCUCUUGUCUGGUUCCUUCACGCCUUUUUAGCAAUCCCACUUUUGGUUCUUAUUGUCCAGCGAGCGAAACUUAUCCUCGACUUUGUCCUGACUAUGCAUGGCAUACACCUCGUAGCAGUAUGGAUCUAUCGAAAACAACUACCUACCGGUGGUGUAUGGUGGUUACUGCAACUUGUUCAUGCGCUCAUUAUGACGCUGGGGGGUGAGUGGGCAUGUAUGCGUCGGGAAAUGGAACCAAUCAUGAUGACCGCCAAACCAAAGAAA